AGCAUAUAAUAUUUUUCUUCAAUGAAUUUAAAGUUUUCUAUUUAUAGCACACCCUUUUAAUAAACCACCUAGCGUUUUAUAUAAUCAUUUGAAGUUAAAUGCAGGGUAUCCAGUGGCCACCACCUAAUCCAAAAACAUUUCAUUUAUUUUUGUAGCAACUUUUUCGCCGGCCAAAAAUGUUACGCGAGGCUCUUAGGAUCGGCAGCAGGCGCUGGUACAGCUACAAGUCCGUCCGUCGUCCGAAUCUUGGGCGCCACUAGUGCUCCAAAGAUGGAGCCGCCAAAGGAGCAGCCAGAGUCGUCCUCCAAAGCGGAGAGCGGAGAUGGCAGCCUGGCCAAGCAGCUGCGGGCCAAAAUUCUGUCCACCAGACCCAUUCCUGUGGCCGAGUACAUGCGCGAAGUGCUGACCAACCCCCAAGCUGGCUACUACAUGAACCGGGAUGUGUUCGGUCGAGAGGGCGACUUCAUAACCUCGCCGGAAAUAUCACAGAUCUUCGGAUAGGUAAGAUAAGCACAUAGAUCAGAACCUAUCAUCAUAUCAUCAUAUCCCUUCAUGAAGCUCAUAUGAAUUUGGCUGGUGAGCAAGUGGCGCAAAAUGGGCUGUCCCUCGCCCUUU